CUCGUCAAUUCAGUCGAUGCGUUCGUCUCAUUGUCAUUGAAUUCAAGCUGCAGCUGCGGCAGUCGCAGCAAUUUUCUUUCUCCUUCUGUUCUUGUGCGUGCAACAGAUACCUCUUUCUUUUUCAUUGUAAUUCUCGCAACAUUCGCUCUCUCCCCCUCGUCGGGAUUCACCAAAGGCGAUUCUGACACCAGCCAGCGCUCAUGGUCACCAUCGCAACUACACAAUGGAUCAAGUAACCCAGGCAUCGUGGCCGGCCCUUGGCGUCGCGCUGCUCAGUCUUGCCGCUUUCGGUCUUCUUACUAUCUUCAUCACCCUCCACCUCGUCGCUCCGAAGCCCCGCGCCGCACUCCCCUCCGAGAAAGUCUACCUCACCUCUUCUGCCUCCGGAAAGCCAGUCCAGGUCGCAGCCCCUUCUUGGUUUGACCGCUGGUUCGCCGAGCGCAGCGUCUCCGAGGCGCGCGCACACCUGACCGAUCCUCGCGAUGUCCCCGACUCGGGUGCGACAAUCGACCCCGCGGACGUGCGCCUGACCGUCGUGCUCCCCGCCUACAAUGAAGCAACCCGCAUUCUCCCAACCCUCGAGGAAGCCGUUGAAUAUCUCGACGAGAACUUUGGCCGCCCCUCCUCCCCGACCAAGCCCCUUCUCAGUCCUACCGCUCCGCGCCGACGCUACCAAAAUCCGCCCUCCGAGGCCCUCACCGGCUACGAGAUCCUGAUUGUGGACGACGGAUCUAGGGACAGCACCGUCAAUGUCUGCCUUGACUUUGCGCAGAAAAAGGGCCUCCACGAUGUCAUCCGCGUCAUCAAGCUGGAGCGCAACCGCGGAAAGGGCGGCGCCGUCACUCAUGGCUUCCGCCACGCCCGUGGCGAGUAUGUGCUCUUUGCCGACGCUGACGGCGCUACAAAGUUCAGCGACCUGGGACGUCUGAUUCAGGGUUGCGAGGAGGUUGUCGACGGCUCGCAUCGCGGUGUUGCUAUUGGCAGUCGCGCUCACCUCGUGGGCAGCGAGGCUGUUGUAAAGCGAUCUGCCUUGCGCAACUUCCUCAUGCGAUCUUUCCACCUCGUACUAAUGAUCCUCACUCCGCCCGCCACCUCCCGCCUCCGCGACACCCAGUGCGGCUUCAAGCUCUUCACGCGCGCCGCCCUCCCACACAUUGUCCCAUACAUGCAUGCCGAGGGCUGGAUUUUCGACAUUGAGAUGCUUCUUCUGGCCGAAUCAGCCCCGCCAGCGCCCGUUCUCGGAGACGAUGGCAGUGUUAUUGGCACCAGCCCCGGUAUUCGCGUGGCUGAGGUGCCCGUCGACUGGCACGAGGUCCCCGGAAGCAAGCUCAGCGUCAUCUCGGACAGCAUCAAGAUGGCCCUCGGCCUGGCGAUUCUCAGGGGUAGCUGGAUGAUGGGUGUCUACCGUCGGAGAUUGACAUGAUACGUGUUUGUGCGGGCUUCGCUUCUUUGUGUUCUUAUUCUCAACCCUUCUUGAUCGUCUUGUCCAGAGUAAACCGAAGGGUGUUCAUGGUUCCCCCUUAUUCUAGAUCGGGGUUGAAAAUGCUGGUAGAAAAAGUUGUGAUGCAGACUUUGGAAUCUGCGCAUAUAGACAGGGCAAGGGUGGUUUGCCCACCUUUCAUCACAUUGGCAGGUAGAGAAUCUAGCUAGGUCAAUGGAAUCCAGACAUGAACCUUGGUUACUUGGUCAUGCGCAUGUGAGAUGGCUCAACUACGUCCCAAGUAAAGGUGGUGAGUGCCCCAGUCUUCUGGUUCUGUCA